AUGCUCAGCACCUCUGCCACCGCGCUUCUCGCCUUGUUGUCAGGUGUCACCGCAGCCUCGUCGCUUGCGAGACAGGCAAAGACGUGCACCGUCAAAGCUGGCGGGAGCAAUGCGACUGAUGAUGCUCCUGCUAUCCUUGAGGCGUUCCGGGAGUGCGGUCAAGAUGCCACAGUCGUCUUCGAGCCUGCGACGUACCACAUCAACUCAGUGAUGAAUGUCACUUGGUUGCGGAAUGUCAAGAUUGACCUCCAGGGAACCCUCUCGUGGGGAACAGAUAUCUCAUACUGGCUGAACAACUCGCUACCAGUGGGCUAUCAGAACCAGUCGACAGCCUUCAUCUUGGGCGGGGAUGGGAUCACUCUAGACGGGCAUGGGCACGGCACCUUCGAUGGGAAUGGCGACGACUGGUACCGCUUCAUUCGACAGCAGCCCAACACGUCCAACUACCCAGGUCGGCCACACGCCAUCACAUUCAAUGGUCUUACAAACUCGGUGAUUCGGGGCGUGAGGUUCUUGAGGAGCCAGAUGUGGACAAUGUCAAUCAUCCACAGCCACAACAACACGCUUGACAGCAUUUUCAUCAACAACACUGGAAAUACCGUGCAGAGCUCGAAUACUGACGGCGCCGAUACCUUUUAUUCGUCAAAUAUCCGAUUCAACAACUGGACGGUCUACAACGGGGACGACAGCAUUUCAAUGAAAGCGAACAGCACCGACAUCAGUGUCACAAACUCCAAGUUCUACAAUGGCUUGGGCAUCGCUUUGGGCAGCAUCGGGCAGUACAAAGGCGUCUUUGAGACGAUGGAGAGGUUGCAUUUUGAGAACAUAUCCUACUUCAACACGCUGCACGCAGUCUAUGUCAAAACCUGGACGAAUGACCAAAACGGGUACCCGCCCAAUGGAGGAGGUGGUGGCCUUGGCUAUGCAUCGAACGUCGUAGCCAAAAACAUCGAGAUGGAAGGCAUGCGCGGCGGCGCCUUCACAAUCUCCCAGUGCACCCGCUUCUCAGGAGCACCCGGGACGGGCAACUGCACAAACUCGCAGUUCCAGGUGCGGGACCUGGAGGUCCGGAACGCCCGGGGAACCACAAAGGACAAGAGGGUCGCCAGCUUCCAGUGCAGUGCCGUGGCACCGUGUACCGAUAUCAGCCUGCACGACAUCGACGUGAGGUUCAGCAACGGAACAGCUGCGCCGGACUACCUCUGUGGCAACGUUGUGAACCCACAGGGGUUCACUUGUACUGGACCGCCCUGCGUUGGUGGGAGUGCGACCGGAGGAUGUUGA